AUGUCUGUGAAAGGUUCGAAGAAAAAGAUGCUAAGUGACAGGAUUGUCGCAAAAUUGAACAAGCCAAAGAUAAAGGAUUACGAUAUUGAAGACGAAGACUUCAAUUACGAGAAUGGGUCAAGUAGCAAACCCGAUGGCUUUAAUGAAGAAGACGACGAGAACGAUGACGAGGAAGAAGAGAGAGAGCGUGAAGAGCUGGCAAAGAGAGACCAUUAUGUGAAGGUGUCCGAAAGUAAAAUCAGAGGCAAAUCUUUGAAUCUAGGUGAAAAAUAUACUGGUUCUAAAGUUGGAAGGAGUGAACUAUAUGAUAAUGGCGACUCGGAAAGUAGCAAUAGCGAAGAAGAUUCUAAAGAGGAUGAUGAAGAUGAUUAUGAAAAAAACGACGAAGAUAUACUUGCCGAUGUCACCGAUUCUGAGGCGGAAAACGCAAACGAAGAGAACAGUGAAGAGGAAGUAGAAGAUGAGGAGGAUGAGGAGGAAGAACAUAAGAGAAACAGAAUAGCAAGACUUCUAGACACUGAGAAGCAGCAAAUAUUCAACCGCUUAUCAACAUCAGCUAAAACAGAUACCUUAAAGGGUUACACCAUCCUUAGACAAGGAGCUGAAUAUGAUAAAAUACUUGACGCUAGAAUUAAAUUGCAGAAGGCGAUAAUUUCGGGUAAUUCUCUUCCGAUAGACAAUAAGGUGUUUGAAGAAAACAAAACAGAUCAAACCGACUCAAUCAUUGAAGCCACCGAAGGUAAAUUGUAUGGUUUGAUAGACCGACUUAUACGAUUGAGAGCGAAACAGUUGUUGAGAGAUGAUUUGGUGAAGGAAAAAGUCAAGGUCAAUUUGAAGAAAAGAAAGCUAUCCAGCUAUCUUGAGGCAAACUCAUCCAUUGAUAAAGCUUGUGCUCCAAUAAGAAAGUCAGUCUUGAUGAAAUGGUCUAGCAGGGUUCAAUCUGCUUCGGGUAUUGGUGCAUUGAACCAGGGUAAAUUCAGUGUGAUUAACCAAAACGUUUGGACACAAGUAAACAAUCAACUAGGCGACUUAGACAGACUUAUCAAAAAAACCAAAAUUAAUCGUCGUGGAAUCACCCCAAUGGGUUACUCAGAGGCACUAGAAAAGAAACUAGAGGACGAAGUGGAUGCUGAUGAUAAUGAUGACAGCGACAGCGGUAGCAACUUCAAGACCGCAGGGCUCAGUAAUAUUGACAAAAGUUUGCAAACAAACCAAUACAUUUUUGAUGACGAUGACUUCUACAGAUUGCUUCUCAAUGACAUGGUCAACAAGAAGCUUGAUCAGAAGCAAGCCAACAAUGCAGCUAUUCUAAUGCUCUCGAAGAACAAAAUGCAGAAAAAUUACGACAGAAUGGCGACAAAGGGAAGAAAGCUAAAAUACACGGUUCAAGAACCUUUGAUUCAAUACGAAAUUCCAAGAAGAAAAUACUAUUCCUGGGGAGAUGAUCAAAUUGAUGAACUAUUUGCCGGCUUGUUUGGUAUAAAUCUUAAUAUCAAUGACUCGGACAACGAUGCCGAAGAUGACAUUGACGCAGAGCAAGAUGGUCAGAAGGACGACAUCACAGCAUUGAGGGAGUCCGGCCUGAAGCUUUUCGGUUGA